AAUAUUCAUUUAUUAGUUUAGUUUUCAUCCUGCACUCUUGCCUCUCCCCCAAUUCUCUCUACCAACUAUCCCAACAUUAUUUUAUGGCCUGAUCCACCAAAUUCAGAGGAUAUGGAUCGAGGCAAAGAAGUGGUGGAGGGAUCGUCGAGAUCCGGUGAUCCCCCGCCCACCCCGAGCCGAUACGAGUCACAGAAGCGACGAGACUGGAACACAUUCGGCCAGUACUUGAGAAACCAAAGGCCUCCACUUUCAUUGCAGCAGUGUAACAGCAACCAUGUCCUGGAGUUUCUAAGAUACUUGGAUCAGUUCGGGAAGACUAAAGUUCAUAUGCAGGGAUGCGUGUUUUACGGAGAGCCCGAGCCUCCCGCGCCUUGUGCGUGUCCUCUUCGACAAGCGUGGGGCAGCCUGGAUGCGCUCAUCGGACGUCUCAGGGCUGCCUAUGAGGAGAAUGGAGGAUCUUCGGAGACGAAUCCGUUUGCGAGCAGUGCAAUUCGAGUCUACUUGAGGGAAGUGAAGGAGUGUCAAGCUAAGGCCAGGGGCAUUCCUUACAAGAAGAAGAAAAAGAAGAGUAAAAGAGACGAUGAUUCCAGUUCCGCCUCUGCACCACACUUCUCUUGAUCCAUCUCUUCAUUCAAUUUG